UAGUGUGGCCGGAAAGAUUUUGCUGUGCAGUACAUGCCCACCACCCCCUGUAAAACCAGUUAGAGCUCUGAUCUUUUAACUAACUGUGCUUAUGAUGCCACAGUGUAGGCCAUUAUCAGUAAUAACAACAAAUCAGCCUAUAGAGAUAUAGUACCAGGGUAAAACCAACAAUCUGUCAACAGGAUUGAGAAGACAAGACAGACCAAGAUCAAGAUUUGACUUAUACAGUGCAUCAACAACUUAAAAAAAGGAAAACACCAGUUUUGAAGCUGAAAACAUGACCGGAAGCACAGCGCAAAACAACACUAUGCAGCAGAAGGAAUUGACAAACUUGGAGAUCUUUUCAGCUUGCAUUUCACUUGCAACCAUUGUUGUGGGUCUCAUUGGAAAUGGGAUUGUCAUAUUUCUGACUGGCUGCAGAAUGAAGAUGACUGUCAACGUCAUGUGGUUUCUCAACUUGGCAGUUGCAGACUUCAUCUACUUGUUAUACUCAUGCACAGACCAUCUCUCAGUUUUAGGCCAGCGGAGAAGUGAAUUGCUGAAGAAUUUCAUCAAGAUGUCAUCGAUGAAUCUGUUUGCUAGUAUUUUCUUUCUUGUAGUUAUCAGUCUGGACCGAUGCCUGUGCACAUGGAUGGUUGUUUGGGCUCAAAACAAACGAACUUUACUUGGAGCCAGGAUCAUCUGCAUAAUUGUGUGGGUUUUAUCCAUCGGCUGCAGCAUUCCUUACUAUAUAAUGGUUCAUAAUAAUUUAUGUCUGAUCACAUAUGAAUUUACAGUGGGCUUCCUCAUGCCCUUUCUGAUCAUUGCAUCUUCAUAUAUCGCUAUUGGAGUUCGAAUCAAACACUUCAAAAGCAGAAAGCAGCUCAGGUCGUACCGGGUCAUUAUAACUGUAAUCUUAGCUUUUUUCAUAUGUUGGUUUCCAUACCAUGUUUGGAGUUUUUAUUCAAUAGCUGCAGAAAAAAAGGACCAAGAUGUGUUUGAAAUUGUCAGUAUCUACCUGGUUGAUCUAAACAGCUGUCUGAACCCCUUUCUCUAUGUGUUCAUGUGUGAUGAGUAUAAGAAGAAGCUUAAACAUUCUCUGCAGCUGGUGAUGGAGACGGCUUUUGCUGAAGAUCAUCUGAGCUUUAGUGCAGAUGGAAGUGGACGAACAGGACAAGAAAACCAAACUGAAGUCUUAGAAAUGUAGAAAACUGGUCCCUAGAUAAUAAACCUGGAUCUAACCCAGUAUGUUUAUAAUCCUUGUCUAGCAACUUGUAAAAAACAGCAACUACAAAAUUGCUUGAUGCAUGACUGUGUGUAAUUUGUGUUGUAAAACCAGAGAAAGUCUCUUCAAGUAGGCUAAUGAAUAUUAUAUGUUUGUGAGACCUUUCCAAAUAUCCAAAUAUCCGAAAUAUGCGAAUGCUCAUUAUGUUAUGCUGAUCUCUGUUUCAACUUUUCUCUGAGUAAAACCACACUGUAUCAAAAAUGUUGCCUGCAUUCACUGGUAAUUUCCUUAAGGAUUUUUGCUCUCACAGUAGCAAAUUCUUAAGGGGUUUCCCUAUGAAGGAUCGGACGAUCCCCAAAUGCAAACUGUGUGUGUUUUGCCUUGAGAGCAACCAUACAUUGAAUAAUAUGAAUAAGAGAUAUAAGGGUAUAAGGGAAUGUUUAUAGAAACUCAAGGUUUAUGGGAUGUUGUUGUGAAUCAGUUUGGUAUAACAAUACUUGUUGGAUUUGUGCUCUUCAGAUGAAGUCUUAGCAUUGAG